GUUUUUUCUAUCAUCAUGCUUCAUCUUCUUCUCUCUCUCUCUCUCUCUCUCUCUCUCUCUCACACACACACACACAUUCAUUGGUUCCUCACAUGGGUGAAUCAUUGAUGAGCAUCGCGACAAUUCCAUUAAAGUAAGGCAGUGACAGCUACCAUUUUAUCCCCCUCAACUGAAAUUUUAACAAUAUUUUUUCUUUUUUCCUAAAAUAAUUAUAAUAUAUUUGAGACAAUAUUAAUUAUAAUCAAAACAAAAGAGAGGGACCUUUUCUAGAGUCUAGAAACUCAUGAACCCAUUAAUCUAAAAACAUUAUACCAUAUAAUUUUUUAUGCAUGUAUGUAUGUAUCUAUGAAUGUACGUAUGCAUGAAUGAAUGAAUGGAUAUGUUUUGGUGAGUGAAAAAUGGGAGCAGAGGUCUAUUAUAUAUAUGAGUAGGAAGAAGAAAGGGCCAGACAGGCUAGCUAGCGCAGGAGCUUUCCCUAUAUAUCUUAAUCUGAUCGUGUUCACCACCCAUCCCAUCCCUUCAUCUUCACCUUCACCUUCACCUUCACCUUCACCUUCACCUUCACCCUCAGAGCUGUGGAAAUAAAAUAGCUUAUUAGUUAGUUAAGGAAAUCAAAGAUGGGGGGAAUAGCAUUUGGAAGGUUUGAAGACUCGUUCAGCUUGGGAUCUUUCAAGGCCUACCUCGCCGAGUUCAUCUCCACUCUCCUCUUUGUCUUCGCCGGUGUUGGCUCCGCCAUUGCCUACAAUAAGUUAACGAAUGGGGCUGCGCUGGAUCCGGCGGGGCUGGUGGCGGUGGCCAUCUGCCACGGCUUUGCGCUGUUUGUGGCGGUGUCGGUGGGGGCUAACAUAUCGGGGGGGCACGUGAAUCCGGCGGUGACUUUUGGGUUGGCGGUGUGCGGCCAAAUCACCGUCCUCACCGGCAUCUUCUACUGGAUUGCCCAGCUCCUCGGCUCCAUCGUCGCCUGUUUCCUCCUCAAGGUCGUCACCGGCGGCUUGGCCAUGCCCACGCACAGCGUAUCGGCCGGAGUAGGGGCAAUAGAAGGAGUAGUAAUGGAGAUCAUCAUCACCUUUGCUCUUGUCUACACCGUCUACGCCACCGCAGCUGACCCCAAGAAGGGUUCCUUGGGCACCAUUGCCCCCAUCGCCAUCGGCUUCAUCGUCGGCGCCAACAUCCUGGCCGCUGGCCCCUUCUCCGGCGGGUCCAUGAACCCCGCCCGCUCCUUUGGCCCCGCCGUCGUCAGCGGUGACUUCCACCACAACUGGAUCUACUGGGUCGGACCCCUCAUCGGAGGUGGCCUCGCCGGGCUCGUCUACGGCAACGUGUUCAUGCGCUCCGACCACGCUCCUCUCACCAGCGAUUUCUGAAUAAGCUAGAUCGGUGAAUUAAGGCCGCGUUUGUUUUGCAUGAAAUGGUGAAUUGGGUUUCAUUCUAUUUUUAUGUGCCCAAACGUGUAGUAAAUUCUUGUGUCAUGGAGGGAGCAAUUUGUGUUUGUAAUAAAAGGAGGAAGGGCAAGCUGCGCUCUGCUAGCUCUUUCUUCUUUUUUGUUUCUUUCUUUCUUUCUUUUUCCUUUUGUAUUUGGGGGUGGUAGCUGUAAAGGCACGUUAUGGUGAAUUGUUGCUUUUGGAAAAGAGGAAAUAGUUGGAGAUAUGAUUGUACGUGGAGCCA